UUCUGGUUCGGGGCGAGCGGCGCAUGCGCGCGCGGCAGUUGAGGUGAUGCGCUCUGGCAGGCGGCCGGGCUUUUUGCUGGGGAGAGAUUCUGACGGGACCGUGCUUCGCGGACGGUAGCCAGGAUGCAAUUCCAGUGGGAUUGGCUGUGUUUCAGUGUCUUGCUGUUAAGUUCAGUAAGUGCAGAAUCUGAAGAUUCAGAAGUUGAAGUAGAAGGUUUUGACAAGAAUUCAGAGGAUACUAAUGUUGAAAAAGGCAGCUCAUCUCUAGAGGUUGAAUACAAGACGCCAGAGCCUACUGGAGAAGUGUAUUUUACUGAAACUUUUGAUGAUGCAGUGCUGUCUGGGUGGGUUCUGUCUCAAACCAAAAAAGAGGAUACAGAUGAAGAUAUUGCUAAAUACGAUGGAAGAUGGGAAAUAGAACCUUUAAAGGAAAACACAGUGCCUGGGGACAGAGGACUGGUGCUGAAAUCAGUAGCAAAGCAUCAUGCGAUAUCGGCUAUGCUAACACAGCCGUUUAUUUUUGAUAGUAAACCACUGAUUAUUCAGUAUGAAGUGAAUUUUCAAGAUGGCAUUGAUUGUGGUGGUGCAUAUGUUAAACUUCUUUCCAAAACUGAUGACUUGAAUCUGGAAUACUUCCACGAUAGAACAUCUUACACAAUUAUGUUUGGGCCAGAUAAAUGUGGUGAAGAUUACAAACUACAUUUUAUCUUCAGACAUAAACAUCCUAAAACUGGAGACUAUGAAGAAAAACAUGCUAAACGCCCUGAUGUAGACUUGAAAAAAAUCUUCACUGACAGGAAGACUCAUCUAUAUACUCUUGUGCUGAAACCUGAUGACACUUUUGAAGUGCUAAUUGACCAGGCAGUGGUUGGCAAGGGAAGUCUCCUGGAGGAUAUGGUUCCACCUGUGAAUCCCCCAAAAGAAAUAGAAGAUCCCAAUGAUAAGAAGCCUGAGGACUGGGAUGAGAGAGCUAAAAUUCCUGAUCCUGAGGCUGUCAAGCCAGAUGACUGGAAUGAAGAUGAGCCUCCCAGAAUAGAAGAUCAUGAUGCUGUUAAACCUGAAGGUUGGCUUGAUGAUGAACCAGAAUACAUUCCAGAUCCUAAUGCAGAAAAACCAGAAGAUUGGGAUGAAGAGAUGGAUGGUGAAUGGGAAGCUCCACAGAUUCCUAAUCCAAAGUGUGAGACUGCACCAGGCUGUGGAGCAUGGGUACGCCCCAUGAUGAGCAAUCCAAAUUAUAAAGGAAAGUGGAAACCACCUAUGAUAGAGAAUCCUAAUUAUCAGGGAAUAUGGAGUCCACAAAAAAUCCCUAAUCCUGAUUAUUUUGAAGAUUCUCAUCCUUUUCAAAUGACUCCUGUUGGUGCUGUUGGCUUAGAGCUUUGGUCUAUGACAUCUGAUAUUUACUUUGAUAACUUCAUCAUCUGCUCAGAAAAGGAAGUUGCUGAUCGAUGGGCAGCGGAUGGAUGGGGCUUUAAAAAAUUGGUUGCAAGUGCUAAUGAACCUGGUAUGUUUAGUCAGCUGGUAACUGCUGCGGAAGAACGUCCAUGGCUUUGGGUUAUUUACAUCUUGACAUUAGCACUACCUAUAGGAUUGGGUGUACUAUUCUGCUGGCCAUCCAAGAAAAUAGAUGAAGAUAUGGACUACAAAAAAACUGAUAUAGCCAAGCCACUUACAAAAGGAGGACUGGAACAAGAGGUACAAAGGAAAGAUGAAGACCUAGAAAAACCAAAUGAAAAUGGUGGUGAAGACGAAUAUGAAGGUGGUGAAGAUGAAGAAGAUUAUGAGGAAGAAAAUGAAGGUGGUGAAGGAAGUCAGGAGGAAGAAGUUAAUAAAUCAAAUAAAUCUGGCUCUGAAGAAGAUGAGAUGAAAGAAGCAGAUGAAAGCACAGGAUCUGGUGAUGGGCCGGCAAAAUCAGUGCGUAAAAGAAGAGUACGAAAGGACUAACUUGUUUCCACCUAGUAUUGACAGGUCCAGGUUACAGAACAUAGGCAUGCAGUUUUCACUUGCCUAACAGCAUGCAAGUUGUUGAGUCUUAACCAAAAGACUGAACUCAGCUUAGACUCCUCCGUUUCCAUUCUCCAGACCAUCUUAAUCUUGUCAGACUUUUCCUUUAUUCUGAAGAAACGCUCCGACUUGUGAAGUUACCUGUUUUCUUUACUUCAUAGAAUAAAAAAUGGUGAUAUGUCUGAUUUAUUGUAAAUAUUAUUUGACGUUGUUUAGAUAAUAAAUAUUUGGAAAUGAUUUGGCUUCAAAAUAUUACCCUUUUUAAACCUCAUGUAAAUGGGAUUUUUCAGCUUUAGCACAAAUUACACUUUAGAUAAAAGGCAUGAACAGUAGAUGCAACAUCCACUUGGAUGCCUUGAAAGAAGAGAUGACUGCCAACUCUUUGCUGAGCUGAAUGCAAGAACUGUUUUGGCUCUUUUUUAUAUCAACCUUUUUUUCCUUUACUGCAAUGUCAACCUACAGUUUGUGCGUCACAUGUUAGUUUGUGUUAGCAGUUGCUGCUGUUUUUGUUUUACAGAGAACUGCAUUGUCAUAAUAGCAUGCUUUACAUUUAAAAGCAAAAAAUGUUAACUCUAUUCAAGUACAAUGGUGUACAAGAGAAUUUUUCACAUUUUUAUAGUUUCAUGUUUCAAGCCAGAAUGGCAUAACCCGUUUACAAAAUAUUUGCUAAGUGUAUAUUGCCUCCUGAAUAAAACUUUUAAUAUAA